CGGCAGCGGCGGGGGCAGGGAGCGAGCGAGGGAGCCUGCGAGCCCGCGAGCCCGCGAGCGGAGCGGCGAGGCGGGGAGAGGACGCGCUGCCGAGCCGGGGCUGGAGCAGCAGCGGCGGCGGCGGCGGCGGCGGCAGCGGCGGGGGAGGGAGGGCCCCACGGACAGACAGACGCACAAACGGACCGAGCGAGGGAGGGAGUGAGCGAGACUUCGCCGGCGAGGAGGAGCCGCUCGAGCGGCGGCUGCUGGGCGCUCGGCGCCUCCGCGGCCCCCGGCUCCCGGCCGCAGCUUCCUCGCGCGCGCGGGGCGCGGGGCCCGGGGCUUGCUUCGCUGAAGAGGUGCUGAACUGUCACCAAGCUGGUGUGCAAAGUGUCUGAGCAGUGGCCCGCCCGAGAGCUGGAGUCACCAUGGCCGCAGGAGUUGCAGCCUGGCUGCCUUUUGCGCGGGCUGCGGCCAUUGGGUGGAUGCCAGUGGCCAACUGCCCCAUGCCCCUUGCCCCGGCCGACAAGAACAAGCGGCAGGAUGAACUGAUCGUCCUCAACGUGAGCGGGCGGAGGUUCCAGACCUGGCGGACCACGCUGGAGCGCUACCCCGACACGCUGCUGGGCAGCACGGAGAAGGAGUUCUUCUUCAACGAGGACACCAAGGAGUACUUCUUUGACCGGGACCCAGAAGUGUUCCGCUGCGUCCUCAACUUCUACCGCACAGGAAAGCUGCACUACCCGCGCUAUGAGUGCAUCUCUGCCUACGACGACGAGCUGGCUUUCUACGGCAUCCUCCCGGAGAUCAUCGGAGACUGCUGUUACGAGGAGUACAAGGACCGCAAGAGGGAGAACGCCGAGCGGCUCAUGGACGACAACGACUCGGAGAACAACCAGGAGUCCAUGCCCUCGCUCAGCUUCCGCCAGACCAUGUGGCGGGCCUUCGAGAACCCGCACACCAGCACCCUGGCCUUGGUCUUCUACUACGUGACUGGCUUCUUCAUCGCCGUCUCGGUCAUCACCAACGUGGUGGAGACAGUGCCAUGCGGCACGGUGCCUGGGAGCAAGGAGCUGCCGUGUGGUGAGCGCUACUCGGUGGCCUUCUUUUGCCUGGACACGGCCUGUGUCAUGAUCUUCACCGUGGAGUACUUGCUCCGGCUCUUCGCGGCGCCCAGCCGCUACCGCUUCAUCCGCAGCGUGAUGAGCAUCAUCGACGUGGUGGCCAUCAUGCCCUAUUACAUUGGCCUGGUCAUGACCAACAACGAGGACGUGUCUGGUGCCUUUGUCACGCUCCGGGUCUUCCGCGUCUUCAGGAUCUUCAAGUUCUCCCGCCACUCGCAGGGCUUGCGGAUCCUGGGCUACACACUCAAGAGCUGUGCCUCUGAACUCGGCUUUCUCCUCUUCUCCCUCACCAUGGCCAUCAUCAUCUUUGCCACUGUGAUGUUUUAUGCCGAGAAGGGCUCCUCUGCCAGCAAGUUCACAAGCAUCCCUGCCUCUUUUUGGUACACCAUUGUCACCAUGACCACAUUGGGCUAUGGAGACAUGGUGCCCAAGACAAUUGCAGGGAAGAUCUUCGGCUCCAUCUGCUCCCUGAGUGGCGUCCUGGUCAUUGCCCUGCCAGUCCCUGUGAUCGUUUCCAACUUUAGUCGGAUUUACCACCAGAAUCAGAGAGCUGAUAAACGCAGGGCACAAAAGAAGGCCCGCCUUGCCAGGAUCCGUGUGGCCAAAACAGGGAGCUCCAAUGCCUACCUGCACAGCAAGCGCAACGGACUCCUCAACGAGGCCCUGGAGCUGAUGGGCACCCCAGAAGAGGAGCACAUGGGCAAGACCACCUCGCUCAUCGAGAGCCAGCACCAUCACCUGCUGCACUGCCUGGAAAAAACCACUGGGUUGUCCUAUCUUGUGGAUGAUCCCCUGUUAUCUGUACGAACCUCCACCAUCAAGAACCACGAGUUUAUAGAUGAGCAGAUGUUUGAGCAGAACUGCAUGGAGAGUUCAAUGCAGAACUACCCAUCCACAAGAAGCCCCUCACUGUCCAGCCACCCGGGCCUCACUACCACCUGCUGCUCCCGUCGUAGUAAGAAGACCACACACCUGCCCAAUUCCAACCUGCCAGCCACUCGCCUGCGCAGCAUGCAAGAGCUCAGCACGAUCCACAUCCAGGGCAGUGAGCAGCCCUCCCUCACUACCAGUCGCUCCAGCCUUAAUUUGAAAGCAGACGACGGACUGAGACCAAACUGCAAAACAUCCCAGAUCACCACAGCCAUCAUCAGCAUCCCCACUCCCCCAGCGCUAACCCCAGAGGGAGAAAGUCGGCCACCCCCCGCCAGCCCAGGCCCCAACACGAACAUUCCUUCCAUAGCCAGCAAUGUUGUCAAGGUCUCCGCCUUGUAAAACCACUGGACGGAGGGCCAGUGUGGGGUAGUGGGAGUGAAGGGGGCUGGCGUGUUGGUAGGUGGCCAUUGGGACCACCCCCUGCCCCUUUCCCCACUAUUUCUGCCUGCCCCAUUGCACCCCUAGCACUGACACUUGUGCCUGGAAGGAAAAAGAGGCAGCAAAAGGGCGCCUGAGGUUCAUUGCUGCUAGCGUGGACAUA